AUGGAUGCUAUUACCCAAGCCAACACGGCUAAGAUUGUUGCUUCUUUAAAUGAUGCACUUGUAGCAAAUGAUUACGGGCUCAUUCAAAGAAUCAUUAACGACACUGCGACUUCGUCUUCUUGCGCACCUUGGGAUUUGAUGUCCUGGCUUUUGAGCAAAGUUGACGAUUCAACAGUGGAGGAUUCCAUUGAAUUGCAAAGUCUGCUUAGAACCAACAUUUUUGAACUAUCUCAGUCUCUAACAUUGCAGGAUGGCCGCUGUAAUGAUCUGUUAAUAGCUGAGGACUCAGUAGGCGAGUCUAGUGUCACAUUACCAUUUGACUUCGAUUACCUUCGGGGCAUGUGUGACCGAAUAUUCCAGUAUCCAUUGCACGAUUGUGAUGACUCUCUCUUCGAUCAAUUCAGUUGGCUGAUGGCAGCAUUAAACUUGGCAAUCUACGUAAAUAUUCGUACAGGGUCGAUUUCAGCUUCAAAAUAUGGAGUCGAAACUAAGAAAACCUUCCACAUGGUUGCGCUCGCUUUCAAUCGUCCUGACGCCAAAGGCAGGAGUACAUUAAAGACUAGGUUCCUUGAUCCCCUCUCUUCAGAUAUCGCAUCUAUUUCAAACAGCUGCUUUUCUUGGUUUGGCACUCUAGCCAUUUGUCGCUGCAGUUUUUUCACGGCUCCUCAAGUGGACCGCCUUACAAGUCGAUGUUCUCAUCUCAUGUCUAAGACAUCAAAAAGGUUACCCGUCCAUAGAUCAGUUACCACCAGCACCACAACAGACUCAAUGGAAGGGGCUGGGUGCGCAAUGGGAGUGACAGAAAGUGAUUCCGACAGCAGGACCUUCUCGAUGGACGUGAAAACAGGCUCUUUGGAGGAAAUGUGCGAGCGUGCAUUGGAGGUUGCGGUGACACAUGUACCUACCCUCGGAUGGUCGCGUGAUUCUUUCGAGGUCGCCUGCAUGGAACUGGAUCUUCCCCCCGGCCUUCAUUCCAUUGCUAUGCCCCGAGGCUCCAUAGAUCUCGUGCUACACUUCUACGAAUCUCGCAACCACCGUCUUGCCGAUGUACUCUCCAAAUGGCGCAAAGAGGACGCCGUUGACGGCACGAAAUACAUUAUUGGUAAACCUAAUAGCUUCGGAUUCGAGGCGCCACCUCCAUUCAAGACGAAGCAGGAGACGGACACUUUUUUGCGUCACGCCAUUGAACACCGACUGCGAGCCAAUGACGAAGUAUACCCACAGUGGGGGCAGGCAAUGGCGCUUUUAACCCUACCACAAAACAUACCUGCUGCUAUCGGUCUCGAAGCGCAACUUGUUGACGAAAUUUGGGCGCAAGCCGGCGAUAGGUCCGUUGACAUUAACUGGUACGCAAAGCGUCUGGGCCUGGCGUACGUGUACAAACUGGCCGAACUGUUUUACAUACAGGACACGUCACCCGACCACAAGGACACUUGGGACUUCCUUGAUCGUCGAAUAUGCGACCUUCGGGCUGUGAAGGAAGCCAAGGUGCGUUCUUUGAAUCAGUUGAUUGAGCCUAACAGAAAGGCCUCAAUAGAAAUGCUUGUGACUUGA